AUGGCAACAUCCCCGAGUCCCCUUCCGGCGCAGGCUGUCCAGCAGCCCUCUAUCCAUGGCCUCUCCCAGAUAACAAGCAGUCUCUACAUCAGCAAUGCCGUGGCAGCCAACAACAAACUCAUGCUGUCUACCAACCACAUCACCACAGUCAUCAAUGCGUCGGUGGAGGUGAACACCACUUUCUUCGAAGACAUCCAGUACGUACAGGUGCCGGUGGCGGAUGUUCCCACCUCGCGCCUCUGUGACUUUUUUGACCCUAUUGCAGAUCACAUCCACAGCGUGGAAAUGAAGCAAGGCCGAACGCUACUGCACUGCGCUGCCGGGGUGAGCCGCUCUGCCUCUCUCUGCCUUGCCUACCUCAUGAAGUACCGCUCCAUGUCGCUCCUGGACGCCCACACGUGGACCAAGUCGUGCCGCCCCAUCAUCCGGCCCAACAACGGCUUUUGGGAACAGCUUAUCAAUUAUGAAUUCAAGCUGUUUAAUAAGAACACCGUUCACAUGGUCGAUUCCCCGGUGGGUAUGAUUCCAGACAUCUACGAGAAAGAGGUCCGUUUGAUGAUGGCGAUGUGAGCCCUCCCGGCCAGCCCCUGACAUCUGCUGCCAAUCCUACACCAACAUUGAACUGAACG